UUUUUUUUUUUUUUNNNNAAAACAAGAGCUCGUGCAGCCCUCAGAAGAUGACGAAACUACAGUUUCUAAACGUCUUCUUGACUGAACGUCUAAUGCUGGCUGCACAGGAGAUUUACAAGUCAGUGGAGGACACGAUCCUGGAGUAUCAGGAGGAGAUCGCGAUCCGGGAGCGGGAGAACGACCAUCUCCGACGGAGGCUCCGGGACGCUGGCAUCGAGAUAUGGCCAGACCGGCCCUCCAUGCCGCUGCUGGACGAGGAGGACGGCGAGCAUCCUCGUCGCGAGUGGAGUCCCAGCAUGGGCCACGAAGAGCGGAUUCCUCCGCAGAUCAAGGACAAGAGAGACCCGCGGGUCAACCAGGGGAGCGAUCCGCUUCGGAACCACGGCUCCUGCAGCACCCCCGACAACAUGUUCCCUCCAGCACGCGUCGCUAACGAAUACCCCCAGGAGGGGCCCCACACGUCCAGCCUUCCUCAGAACCAGGGAGUGGAGAACAGAGAACGAGAUCCCGGACCUCGAGGCCCGUCCAGGCACGUGAAGGCGGAGAGCGGAUGCGGCCACAGAGGCUCCGGCCCCUCCGGCGGUGGCGCUCAGCCCCUCGCCCCCGUCAACCCGAACUGCUCAAACGAGAACAACAUCGACAUCCUCGGGGUGGAGAACGGAGGGCAGAUGGGGGGUGCUAAAGGGGCGGUACACGGAGCCAAUAGAGGACCGGCCCCUCUCAUGCGCAGCCCAGGGGCUGUGGACUGCCCCCAUCAAAAAUCCCCCCUGCAGGGUCACAUGUCAUCUUUCUGUUGCAAGGUGUGCGGCGAGGCGUUCAGCCACAUCGGGCAUUUACACGUGCACGUGCAAGUGCACACCCGGGAGAAGCCGUACCGCUGCGGCGUUUGCGGGAAGUGCUGCAGCUCCUCCGGCAGGCUGCAGGAGCACCAGCGCAGCCACACCGGAGAGAAGCCUUUCCGCUGUCAGAUCUGUGGGAAGGGCUUCACUCAGAUGGCUCACCUGAAGGUCCACAUGAGGAUCCACACGGGAGAGAAGCCGUACAGCUGCCCCGUGUGCGGCAAGUGCUUCAGCCGCUCCGACAAAAUCAAACGGCACCUCCAGACCCACAGUCGAGAGGGGACUUACUUCUCGGGACAAUGAUGGAGGAAUUUGGUUUAACUGUUGGUCAAACAGUCGCUGCCCUCCGAAAGAGGAAUUCUGAAAAUGAAAGGAACUUUUUUUUUUUAUCAGCCUAACAGUUUUCAAUGCUUCAAUAGAAUUUGUAUUAGCCACUUUAGUAGGUCAUUUACUGACUUUUGUAUGGAGUGUUAAAUCCCUGACACGGGGUUUGGUGAUGUAGCGUGUUCACUCGUCUUCCACAGACGCCUUGAAACAAACGUAUGAGGUCACAUCAGGGUCCGCUUAAAGUGAACAAAAAAACAGAUAAUAAAAUUCAAAACUUGAAAUAAAACUUCAACAUUUGAACAAAAAUCAAUUCUGAUUUGGAUUUUUUUCAACCAAAUUUUACAUGGGGGCGGGGCUUUGAGCCCAUUGGCUAAAGUGUGGUGACAGGUCAUGGGGACAUCAUUUCCGUUCCCAACCUGUGUCCGUUUGGCGCCGUCUUUGAGUUUUCUGUCCUCUGAUGUGGCUAAUUCAAAAAUCACUAGGAUGGCGGACGGACAGCAGCUGUUACUAAUGAAAACAUUAUUUUUCAAUUGGUAAUUUUACAUUCAUAGUUGUUUUUUUUAUUCAAGUUUUCAGUAUUCUUUUUCAAAUUUAAAAUAUAUUGUUCAAAUUUUCAAGUUUUAAAUUUUUUUUUUUUGUUUACCUAAAGCUGAUCCUGAUUUGACCCGAUACAAAUGUUAGGACGUUCAGCACGUCAUGUCUUCAAAAUCAGUCUUUUGAUCAUUUUCAUCAUCUGUUUGUAGCCUUUCUUUUGCACAGUCUGUUAAAUCAGACAUAUUUUAUCAUUCUUUAAAAAAAAGAAAAGUGUUGGUUGAUCCA